UUAGAAUAGAAGAUAAUACAUGUAGGUCAUUCAAUAUGCGAUGGAGGUUGAUGCAGAUUGCAGCCUCUUUCCACUUGAAUGGAUAUUUCAUUCUCGAUGGGACAAAAAGCCUGGGAGAAUGAAUGGUAAGAUAUUUAUAUACAUUAAAAACCAAUUUAACGAAUGAAUUGGUCGCACAAGUAAUUGAUAAAGAUGUGGAAGUUGGGGCAGAUAGUAGUGAGUUCCUGUUAAUUGGAUUUUCCAUUCCCGGGAAAAGAAGCCUGACAAGGCUUUUGUUGAUGCGGUUGCUUCUUUGCACGGCUGAUUGGAACUUAGGUUUUGAGAUCACGCUUGAAGAACACAUGGGAGUUCAUGUUGGGUCUAUUGAUGAAGAAGAUGUUGAGCAAGGAAUUGCACAUAUGAUUGAACAUGUUGCAUUCCUUGGGAGUAAAAAGCGUGAGAAACUCCUUGGAACUGGGGCACGCUCAUAUGCCUACACAGAUUUACAUCAUACCGUGUUUAACAUACACUCUCUAACAAGGACAGAGGUUUGUGGUCUUUCCAUCUGAAAAUCCUGUUUUGUUACCACUAGAAGUCUUUAUUCCCUGCAUACAUUGCUUAAUUGAAUAGUAUCAUAAUCACACAGUUCUUUUCUAUCUAGCCUGUAUAACCAUUUAUGGUCUACCUUUCUAUGGUUUUUGGCGUUCUAUGUACUAAUUUCUAUUGUUAUUAUUAUUAUUAUUGUUUUAUCUCGUCCAAUAUCUAGCAGUUACACUCUUAUGUAUCAGAUAUCAUAGAUUGUUUUAUGAUGUAAAGUCUUAAUAGAUGGAUGCAUAAUU